AUGACAAGCAGAUUUUCUGCUUGUGUGAUGGCUUUUCUGCACUUCUGUCCUUCCUCUGACUCCUAUGAACCCCUGACAUUGCCUGAUGUUGGAGAUCCAAAGUUUAUUGAGGAAUGUGUGCAAACCCAUAACAGAUUCCGGUCUGGAGUGAAUCCACCAGCCAGCAACAUGCUCUACAUGAGUUGGGAUCCAGAUUUGGCAACAACCGCGAAAGCUUGGGCAAAGAAAUGCCUGUUCAAACAUAAUACAUACCUCAAAGAUCCAGGGCAGGCUCACCCCAAAUUUACCCCCGUUGGAGAAAACCUGUGGACUGGCUCCAUUUCUAUUUUUACUGUGCAGACAGCCAUCACCACAUGGUACGACGAGGUCAGCAACUACAAUUAUGCCGCUAAUAAGUGCACACGAGUAUGCGGCCACUAUACACAGAUCGUUUGGGCUACAAGCUACAAGGUUGGCUGUGCUGUCCACUUCUGUCCCAAGGUGGCGUACUCCCAUGUAACCAACGCAGCACACUUCGUCUGCAACUACGGGCCCGCAGGGAAUUACCCAAGGCGCCCAUACAAGACGGGAGCAGCGUGCAGCGACUGCAACGGCGAGCAGUGUGCCGCCCAGCUGUGUCAAAACGCAGAGCGUGACAAAGUCAUCAGUGAUUCCAAGUGGCGCCCAGACUGGGACAGACCUGCAUGUGAUGAGUACUGCAUCACCGUUAUUGUUUUAAGGCCAUUACUCCUUAUACUGACAAUUCUGGCCACCUGGCUCCUACCAAAAUACUGGUCCAUAACACCCACCAGUGAGUGA